GUCGGACUCCCAGAACUGAGGAGGAGGAGGAGGCGGUAGAGGAGCCCCGCUCAGCCAACUCCACAGCGUGUUUGAGCAAAAAUGAAACAUGGAUGAGGAGGUCCACGAAAGUUGGGAGGAAGCUGCCCAUUGUAGGAAAUAGGACAACAUCCAACCAAAACCGACGACUCCAGACCUGAAUGAUGUUCCCUGGCCCAUCAUCGGAGCCAUUUACUGUUUGCCAAAGGUUAAUCAAAAUGGUCCUUAGGGAAGGGUGGCUGCUAUAAAAAAAACUUUAAAGAAGAAAAACAAGCAAAAAAAAAAAAGGAAAUGGAAAAACGGUUAGAAGAGAAGCUUCGGAUCAGCCCGAGAGAAAAGGAUUCUACUAAUUCUUCCAGAUCUCCAUUAAAGACAACCAUGGUGAUUCAGGACAACUCUUUACCAACAGCACCCUCGCCUCAGAUCCGAAUCUUGAAGCGACCAGCAAGUAACGGGUCAUUGGCCUCCUCCAUGAAUCCAAACAGGCCUACUCCUCAAGUCAAGUCCCUGGCCCAGCGGGAAGCAGAGUACGCAGAGGCCAGGAAACGAAUUCUGGGUAGCGCCUGCCCAGAGGAGACUCCUCAGGAAAAGCCCAACACUGACAGGCCAGCGCGCAAUAACUCCACAAUGCCUUCAGAGGACACCAGAUCUAACAAUCACACUGUCCGGCAGCCCGCCGGCCCAGAUGGCACCCAGGGGUUCCGACAGCACAGAUAAGCAGGCCUCUGGGACGACCCAGCCAUGGAGGGGAGAGAGGGAUAAAGAGCUGCCUGAGAUCAAACGCAUACUGUAUUCUUAAAAGGUCCUUCCCUUAGUUCCCUCAUAUCAGCAGUCUGUGAGAAAGUCAGGGAACGAGGAACUCCAGGAGGAAGCCAAACUUAAAGGAGCUCUCGCCUCUCUCCCCUGUUCAUGUUCAUUUGGCACUGUGAUUAUGGACAUAUUCUGGAUUCACUGUGAUCAUCCCCCUUUAAGAGACGCCCCUCAGCCUCCAUCUUUUUUAUUUUUUUUUUAUUGCUUUUAGUUCUGUCUGCCUAGGGAUGUAGGAAGAGCAAACAAAGACUUGAACAGUUCAAAGAUGAGGUGAAAUAAGGGGUCCUAAAACUAGAUCAGCUGGUUCAUGUACAGCAGCUUCUUCCCAGCAAUAACACCAGCUUUCACUUUUCAUCAAUUUCUUUUAAUCACUUGUCUUUACUGAAGGGAUGCACUGAUAGCUUUUAAAUAAGGAUCAGUUCUUACACACCACUAAGUCUGCUUAUUGGAAUAGUGGAAAUGAGAAUCACUUUUCUCUGCGUUCUGGUCUGGAGGUAGAACGGUAGCUUAAAUAAGCUCUCCUGCCUGUAGCCGGUUGUGUAUUAAAUAUACGUUCAAUGUGGGAAACUGUUAAAAGUAUCAGUGCAUACCUUAAUAUAGAAACUGCCUUUUGUUUUUAAAAUCGGAGGUCAGGGGUUGUGUGUGUGUGUGUCAAGCAUAUAUCUGACAAGUUUUGUUUACUUUUUUUUAAGCUUUUAGCUGUCUGUCUUUGACAGUUGCAUACUUUCUAUUUAAGAGUAAAUAAGAAUGAACAGGAGAAAAUGGAUUUAAGUCAGGUUUCAAGUAGCUUUUCUGCCCUUUUAUUUGAAACGGCAGCAGUAUAAGAGCAGUAUUUUAGAUAAACCAAAAGCCCAUUUACAAAAAAAACAUAAGGGGCUUCAUUUUUAUGAUUUUAAAAAUGGUCUUGGCAGGAAUUUGAAAAGAAUAAAUGCUAUUGUGUUUCUUCCCAUCCUCUUCUGAAGUAAAAAUAAUGAACUCAGGUCCAUGUGAAUGAAAUGAACGAAGAUUGUAUUUUUCCAGUGGGUUUGUUUUCUCAGACUGUGAGUAUUUAACUAGCGGUUCGCACUUAAAAAUGGUGCUCUGUUGAGCUAAAUGUAACGGAAAGGAGGUUGCUGUCUCAAUGUAAAGUCGUUGCUUGUCCUUAAAUGAAAUAGUUUGCGUCCCAAUGUCAGAACUGUAACUUCCCUCUUAGUAGGAUUGCUCAGUAACUGCUGAUCCGGAGCGGAGCGGCAGGUUAUGAACUGGAGAACUCGACCGCGUGGCUUUCCCGGACCGUUGUGCCCAGUUUAUGUUUCUCACCUUUUAUUUGUUCAGAGGAGAUCUCAAAGCCAUACUUGGUGUAAGAUCAUGAUCACACAAAGACUUGUGGUAAUGGGUUAACUUCAGCUUGUGCCUCCUGUAUCACAUCUUUACUUCCUGGUUGUUGAUUUCUAUUCUUUUUGGUUUUUAAAUAAUGAAAAUAUUUAAAGGGGGGAAUUAUCAAUAUUAUUGAAGAGAUUUUAGUUGAGGAAAUCUUAGUGGCAGAGAAAGAACAGAAAAUAUAAACUGCCUGUAAAUACUGAUUUAAUAAAUUGAUUUACUAAAAAUCACAUACU